AGCCCUGUGCAAUGCACGUACACGUAAAACCCCAUAUGAACAGGUCUUACAGGAACAUCCUUGAAUAAAUGGGUUAUGAAACAGCGUAAAACUACACAUGUACUGCAAGAUUUGUCCAUGAACUACCAGUUAUCGUGAUGUUUGCAAUUACUAAUCAACCCCAGUUUGCAAUCCCUGUUGUGAACUUGGCUGCAAUCGCUAAUUCACGGAUAUUUGGAAGUAAAGCGAUUUCAAAGAAGUUUCAGCACAACAGUCGCAGUCAGCGGUAUGAAGAAACCACGGCACUAGCACCAGAGGAGAUAGAACGGGUAAAAUCUUGCCUCCGUGAUCUCGGCUUUGAAGAAUCAGAUCAUGAACUCGCCAAGAAGUUACAAGCUCCAAUUCUGUCAGUUAUAGAGAAGGGGACAAAACUAGAACAGUUUUCUGAUCUUGUCAAGUCGUGUACUUCCUCAGAUACCUUCUAUGAGAAUAAAAAUGGUUUUCCGGAGGACCUCAGCAAGUUUUCACAAUCUAGUUUUAACAGUGCACUUGCAUCAACCUGCCAUACCAUUCUUCACUCCUUGGCCAAGCCGAAUUAUUGUUCACAUCAGUCCCGUCGAUCUUUUUCACAACAUCCUACUCGAGGUUUUAAAACGAAGCGAUCGACCUCAGCUGAGGGAUUGGGAGGCCACAAGAAGAAAGAAGAUGAGGGUUUCAGCUACAUGCUGAAGGGAUCAAUAUUUGACAAAAGUGAAAAAUCAAAAACGACCGACAAGCUGAAGAGCAUGCUACAAGAGUAUGAAACAUCACCUGAAUUGCAAGAAAAGUUAAAGAUUGCGUUUGCAGAGGGCUACACAACACAUGAGAAGAAGAGUGGCGACACGAAGUCGUCUUGGACGACUAAGCUUCUCCGUGGCUUCAUGUAUGCUAUAGGCUUCUACUGCAUCAUCCAACUGAUCCAGGUUUUCAGUACUGUUGGGGGCAGUAUGCGAGGUCUGGGCGUGUUGAACCGAGAGCAAUAUGAAGUCAACCCUGAAGAAAUCACAGUGGGUUUUGAUGAUGUGCGUGGGGCUGAUGAAGCAAAGCAAGAGUUACAAGACGUGGUCGAGUUCUUGAAAAAUCCAGAGAAGUUCACGACACUUGGUGCCAAGCUGCCCAAGGGUGUGUUACUGGUGGGGCCACCUGGUGUGGGCAAGACGCUGUUAGCCCGAUCCGUCGCUGGAGAAGCUGGUGUACCAUUCUUUCAUGCAUCCGGGUCCGAGUUUGAUGAGAUAUUUGUUGGUACUGGUGCCAAGAGGGUGCGACAGUUGUUUGGUGCAGCCAAGAUGCGCUCCCCUUGUGUUGUGUUCAUAGAUGAAAUCGACACAGUCGGAGCAAAGAGAACGAGUUCCCAGAUUCAUCCCUACGCUAAUCAGACGAUAAAUCAGUUACUGUCAGAGAUGGACGGAUUCUCACAGAAUGAGGGAGUGAUUGUGUUAGGUGCAACUAAUAGGCAAGAUAAUUUAGACAAGGCGUUAUUGCGGCCUGGUCGUUUUGACGUAGAGGUACGGGUUUUUGCACCAGAUCUGAAGGGACGUCGUGAUAUAUUAAAUCUCUACCUUAGUAAAGUUAAAAGUGAGGAUAACGUGGAUAUAGAGAAGCUGGCGCGUGGAACGACAGGGUUCACUGGUGCAGACUUGGAGAAUCUAGUGAACCAGGCCGCCCUGAAGGCAGCAAUGGAUGAAGCCACUGGCAUCGCCACACAUCAUCUGGAGUUCGCUAGAGACAAGGUCAUGAUGGGGCCAGCAAAGAAAAGUCGCAUUCCUGAUGAAGAAAUCAACCUGCUGACAGCCUACCAUGAAGCUGGCCACACUCUGGUGGCAUACUUUACCAAAGAUGCCAUGCCAAUACAUAAAGUUACGAUUGUGCCGCGUGGAAUGUCACUAGGGCAUACUGCAUUUGUACCAGAGAAAGAGGAAUACAAUCGAACCAGAUCACAGCUUCUGGCGCAGAUGGAUGUGGCGAUGGGUGGACGAGUUGCUGAGGAGCUGAUUUAUGGUUUAGAGAAGGUCACAACAGGUGCAUCAAAUGAUUUUCAGUCAGCCACUGGCAUAGCAACAGCAAUGGUGAAACAGUUUGGCAUGUCGGAGAAGGUCGGAGUAAGAGUGUUCCACGAUGACGCUGUGGAUAGCGGCUUAUCAAUGCUGAAAGUAAACGAGGUGUCACCUGCUACCACUGAACUUGUAGAUAAUGAGAUCAAGAGGUUCCUUGGGGAAUCUUACGAAAGAGCACGAAAUAUCCUAAAGACACAUUCAGCUGCCCAUAAGGAAAUCGCCCAAGCUUUAAUGAAAUAUGAAACACUGGAUCUGGAGGACGUUAAAAUGAUUGUCGAAGGGAAAAAAAUACAGAAAGAAGGCCUGCCUUAGGAAUGUUUCUGUUAAUGAUAUGGUAUGAAUGGACAUUGUAUUAUUGUUUAGUUGAAAUAUACCUCUUCCCAAAGUCGGGUGAUUUUUGUGAUUCAAUUCAUUGCUUCACCAUGCUUACAACACUUUACGAUGGCACCACUUUUAACAAGCAAACAUAGGUAAACAACUGUCACUGAUCUCUGCAACUUUUCUUAGUGAAAAACCGUUGCAAUUGUGAUUUCAAUCUGUAGACAUGGGUACAAGGUUUUGGCAAUCAUUGGAGCUUCUUACAUGUUUUAUCAUAAUGUUUUGCACCGGUUUUAAAAAAUCACGUUCAGAUUGCAAAUGUUUGAUAGCUUGACAACAAACAUGCAUUGGGUAAAUAUCUGUGAAUGGUUUGCCUUAGUACAUGUACAUGUGCAGUAUGUUUGAGUAUGUAUAGUGAAAUACAACCUUUGAUGUACUUGUACUUGUUUUGCUCUAAACAUGUUGAGGCAGUGGAAAUGUGAAGUAUUUGAGCUGUUGUAUUGUAUAUUUGAUUCAUAUCAGGGUUGCAGUCAAUCGAGAUGAAUCAUGUUCACCAUUACAUGGUCUCGGUAGUGGACAGAAGAACCACGAUCAUCCUCUGGCAGCCUGAGCCCAGUUGCAAAGAACUUGACUGAGUUAGGGAGGCUUUUCCUGAACGAGCUUAUAGUACAUGUAGUUCUUAUAAGAUGCACGUUUUAUUCUCAUAUGGUGAUGCUACGUGACGCCCUGUGGAUGUUUUAUUUACUUCUGAAAAUAUUUAGUUGAGAGCAAAGCAUGGAGUUUACUUUGGCUCUUAAAACAAUAUUUGGGCAAUUUGUACUGCACUGGUACUUGUUGGGGGCAGGUGAGGUCCCCAAGGAAACAUACACUUUCAUAGGGUCACAAUCUCAAUCACAUGAGUCUGUACCUAACCGACCAGGAUAUUGAACCAGGGAGAUCAGGACUUGGACAAGGACCUGUGUUUCCACUGGACCAGUCCGACAGCACAUAUUCGUAUCUUCAUUACAAGUAAAUGUAUAUAUACACAUGUAAACUGAGUAUGGAACUACUUCAGAGCAAUAUUUUUCUGGCUGGACCAAAAGUUCCUUUCUUUCGAAGUGCCGAGGUAUCAAAAUUGUGGGAUGGUUCUGAAUUUGCCUGCACUCAUGCAUUUGCUUUGUGACUGAAAAGCUUUGUUUAAAGUGAUUGAAAUUGGUCUCCAUGUAGCCUUCAUCUCAGAUCUCCUCCAGAUGUAAGGAAUUCUCUGGUCCGUAAUAAAGUGAUACAAUAAUA